AUGUCAAGCGAUCCCAACCAACCAAGUGGUGCUUUCCCCAUUGAAAAUUCAGAUACGUCAGCAACAGCGUCAUCUUGCGAAAAUAUUGCAACUAACCCGGAACUUUCACCUCAGAACCCCAAGCAAAAGAGAAAGUACAAUUUCCAAAGAGCUUCGGUGGCUUGCGAACAAUGUCGUAAGGCGAAAACAAGGUGCAACUAUAUCAAUAACGGUGCAAGCUGUUUCAGAUGUGAAAAUCUCUCUUUGAAAUGUUCUCUAAUCGAUACGAAUCUGGAACCAACCUUAUCAACUUUCCAGAAAUCAACUACUAUUAUAUCCAGAGAUUCCAGUGAAUCAAGUAGUAGAAACAAAAGAAGAAGGAGAACCGGAUCUGAAAAUGAUUCGUCUGAUCCAAAGCUGAAUUCCGAACAUUCACAUGGUCUUUUGAACCAUAACAACUCCCCUUCUCAUUUUGUAGCCGAUCAACACCAGGCUAUGUUGUCUAUAAUCAAUGAGAAAAUUGAUUCUCUUGGUGAGGCAAUUAAAGAGUUGUCAAAUGAAAAAAAUUUCCUUGCUCAACAAUAUCAGCAUCAACAUCCACAUCCACAUCAACACCAACAUCAACAUCAACACCAAUUCCAACUACAAAAGCAAAUUCAACAACAACCAAUCAGAACCGACCAGCCCCAAUCCAAAUUACCCCUCCUUAGAUCACAACAGUCGUUCCCUUCAGCUCCCUUGACUCCGAUUUUCCCCACGAGCUUUAUUCCAAGUAAUGUUCCGUCCAUCUCGAGUAUUAACUUCAAUGCCCCCUUGGCUAGACCUUACUUGUACCCUUCGAACAAGUUGUUACCAAGCAACAAUAAUUCAAACACCAACAAUAAUGUCAACGGCACUGUUAGCACCCCGGCGUUAAACAACCAAUUCAAGUCAACCACCCAUGAAAAUGACGAGUUCUUUUUUUUGAAUGCUCCUUACAUUGAUCUGUUAACAUUGUCUCAAAGUACAGGUUUACCGUUUUCAAAAGAAAUAGGGUUUGACAUUACCAAAGAUCUGGUGUUGGUUUCCAUUCAAGAACGUUAUGAUUUAAUCAAAAGAGAGUUGUUGGAUUAUAAUACAUGCUAUAGGUUGAUCGAAGUCGCUCUAGUUCAUUAUGGUAAAUGGAUCACCUACUAUGAAGUGGACUAUAAAGCUUGGUUUGACAGAGUCAGGUCACAAUCACCUCUGUUAUUCUGCACUCUAGUCUUAUUUGGUUUGAGACACCAACAAAUUGAAAAUGUCAAUAACAAUUUGGAACUUGAUAUUUUACAAAGUAUCCAUCAGUUAUUAUCCCUAAGUAUUUAUGAAGUUCCACAGUCGAAGGAGUUCUUACAAGCCGUUAUUUUACUUACACACUUUGCACCCUCAUUAUCCUAUAAACAUAUUUAUUUUGAUAGUUGGUGGGUAUCAUCCUAUGGGUUGAUCCAUUUCAUGACUAGAGAAAUGACGAUGAACUUAUUGGUUAAAAGUAUUAAGUCACCAGAAAAAAUUCAUCAAUAUAGAAUUUGGAAUCAUUUAACCAUAUCCCAUAUUAUCAACUGUAUCCUAUCUGGUAGACCUUGUGUUAUUGAUGAAAUAAGAUUGGACCAAUGUAGGGAUAUUUUGGAUCUACCAGAGGCAAAUGCAUUUGAUGCUGUGAUUGUUGGAGAGUUGUGUAUAACCUUGUCACUGUACAAUUCCUUACAAUUUCCAGAAGAUAUAGAGACUUCGUUGAAAGAUUUAAGUACUGUUUAUUCUGAUUGGAAAUAUCUAACUCAGACUGUCAGUUUGGGUUCUGUUAUUACGGGGUAUUAUUAUUUUGCCAAAUUGAUGAUCUUGAGGAGAUAUAUUUUAAAGAAUUUGAAUCUAAAAGGUCAAGAACAAUUUUCUAAAUAUUGUAGAGAUUUUUUCAAUUGUGCACUUGAAUUCUCAACUCUCAUCUCAACUGGAUUUCAGAUGUUAGAUAUUAGUGAUUUAUUAAGGCAAUGUUGUUUCUUGAACUACUCUAUGCUUCUACAAUUUAAGCAAUUGAAUUUGUUUAACGAAUCAAAUGAUGAUUACUUGAUAUUACAAACAGUUGAAAACUUCUCAAAAGUCCUUCAAAUGGCUAAAACUAAAGCACGCUGUUACAACGGAUAUUAUGAUCAUUAUGGAGAGUUUUUGACAAGGUUGAAGAAUAUUACUUUUUCGCAACCCCCUCAAAAAGGUACUCAAUAUUCACAACAUCCACCUCCGUCAUCAAAACCUAGAGAACCAUCGAGUUCGGAGCAACAAUAA